AUGGAGGAAGAGGAAAUACAGUUGAAGAUUCAGUUGAAGGAAGCCAAGGCUAAAGAAUUAGCUAGACGCAAGAAAAAGCGACAACACACAGAAGAGGGAAAUACGAUUAGAAGGUCUCCUCCAAAUUGUGCCAUUUAUAUAUCUAACCUACCGCUACAUGACCUGAAGGAUGACGAUCUCAUCGAUGAAUUUACAAAGUUUGGGAUUAUCAGAAAGGAUCCCAUCAGCAAUCGGCCCAAGUGCAAGAUCUAUGUCAACGAAGAUGGCAAAUUAAAAGGCGAUGCUUUGAUUGUGUAUUUGAAGCCAGAGAGCGUGAAGAUGGCCGUUGAAUUUAUGAAUGGAACCCAUCUCAAGGGAAAGACUUUGAAAGUAGAGGAAGCUACGUUCAAAUCGGACCCUCAGAAAGUGGAAGCCUCCGAUGAGGGUGUCGAGGAGUUCAGGAAAUUGAAACUUCGCAAGCUACGAGAGCAGGAACAUGAUUUAAAUGAUUGGAAAGACGAUGAAGAGAGUGAAUCUCGUAAUUCUGAAAGUGGAACACCGAAUACUGACCCUAGUUCUGAUGAAGAAGAAGAUAAAAGCGCGAGAACUGUUCUGCUUACCAACGCUCUCGAUCUCUACAAGAAAUUGAGUUCCGUCGAAGUCUCUGAGAUAGCUGCAGACUUGAGAGAUGGGUGUGAAGCCGUGGGCGAAGUUCUGAAUUUCGAGUUGGAUGAAGUUUUGGGUCAGGUCAAAGUCGAAUAUUCGACUCAGGAGCUAGCUCAAAAAUGUUGUAAAAUGAUGAACGGGCGUUAUUUCGACGGGAGAAAGCUGAUGGCCUACACUUUAGAUGCAGAAGAAGAUGAAGGCGACACCGAGAUAACAAGUCUGUGA